AUGGCCACUUUUAAGGCUCUACCCACUCGCCCACUGGGUCGAAAUGGGCCUCUUGUUCCCCGGCUGGGACUUGGUCUCAUGGGUGCUAGUGGAACUUACGGCUCGGCCCUCUCUGAUGAAGAAAGAUUCGCAUUGCUUGAUGAGGCGUACAAGAAAGGAGAACGAUUUUGGGAUACAGCUGAUGAAUACGGCGACUCCGAGGAUUUACUCGGAAAGUGGUUUGCUGCUAAUCCCGAUAAGCGGAAGGACAUCUUCCUUGCGACCAAGUUUGGCAUCAAGCGCAUCGAUACUCCCCCCGGAAUCACGAUGGACUCGUCACCGGAAUAUUGUCGAGAGCGUAUUGAACGAUCCCUUGGUCGACUCGGACAGCCAUUUGUGGACCUAUACUACAUUCACCGUCUGGAUAAACUCACACCGAUCGAGAAGACCAUGCAGAUAAUGGUGGAACUCAAGAACGCCGGCAAGAUCAAGUACAUCGGGCUGAGUGAGUGCAGUGCAGAUUCCCUCCGUCGUGCCCAUGCAGUGCAUCCAAUUACCUGCGUGCAGAUGGAAUAUAGUCUGUUCUGUACUGAAAUCGAAUCGCCGAAGAGACGCCUGCUGGAAGUGGCACGAGAGCUCGGAGUGGCCAUUGUCUGUUAUAGCCCCCUAGCGAACGGGUUUCUGACAGGGAGAAUUCGUUCGCGCGCCGACGUGAGCAAACAUGGUGACCUGCGUAGUAUUCUACCGUGGCUGAAAGAGGGCAAUAUCGAGAAGAAUGUUGCGGUCGUCGAUCAGAUCGCCGAGAUUGCAAAGCAGAAGGGCGUGACUCUGCCGCAGUUGGCUCUUGCUUGGUUGCUUGCUCAGGGUGAUGAUGUAUUCCCCAUUCCGGGAUGUUCAAACAUCCAUCGUCUGGAUCAAAAUCUUCAGAGCUUUGAGGUGGCACUGUCGAAGGAAGAUGAACUAGAGAUGCGAAGGCUGGCGGAAGGAAUCGUUGGUGACGGGUUUCGGCAAAUUACCGGAUAUGCAUUCGCGGACACGCCUGCCUUGGAGCAUUGA